AUGAUGUUGGACAGCAGAGACUCUACUUAUGGGGCGCGUCAACCUCGAGUGACUUCGAACUCCUACGCGAACGGUGCCAAUCAAAACUGCGGUAAUGUUAUCUCCGACAUCCCCAGCACACGUGUUGCUGCUCCACCAGGCGGCAAGUCCUCCAUCUGUCUCGGCUGGGAUGACAGGCCGGUCGCUCGAGCUGCAGGCAGGCCUAUGGAGGAAGCAUCGCGAGUUCAGGCGCAUCGCCCGCCCGCUGGCGAAGCCGUGCGCCGCGAUCACAGGUCAGUCCCGGAGGAUCAGGCAUAUGGGACGCGCCCACGCGAGAGUUCCAACAGCUAUGCCUCUGGCAACAGCCAGAACACUGGGAAUGUGCUGACGGGUGUGCCAACGACGCGAGUCAUGAGGCCACCAGGAGGUGCUUCGGAGAUGAGCCUGGCAUGGGAUACAAGCACUCGUCCCCCAGCAGGAGCUCGGCGGGGACCGGCCGGCAGCGGGCAGGAUGCCAGCGAGGCCUUUGGGCAGCGUGUGCGCGUCUCCUCGAACUCCUAUGCGAACGGUGCAGAUCAGAACUGCGGCAACGUGCUGUCCGAUACCCCUACGACAAGGGUCUUAAGGCCUCCCGGCGGCGGGAGUUCGUUAAACCUCGGCUGGUCGUGA